AAGUGGACCGUUUGCCACAAAGUGUUAUUACUUUCGUUUCAGGCAUAGAAAAUGAAGGAGUAAAUAUCAAAGAGCAAACUUUGAUUGAUUUAUCAUUACUGAAAUUAAUGUGUACAUAAAUAUGACAUAAAAGACUCGCUAGAAACUGCCUUAGAUUCGCUAUAAAAAUCAUCUCUGUCUAUCCAAACGUGAAUUCAAUUUAACAGAAAACUACAGAAUUGAGAUGUCAAUGCUUUUGAUUGUAUAGAUUUGAGACGAUAAGGUGUUUAUUUAACUUCCUGGUUGGAAGAGAAGGCCAGGGAGAGGACAUUUAUCAGUUUUAACCCUAUAUGUGGCAGGAUUAUGGCAUCAAAUUUUGAAUCCUCCAUUCAGAGGGGGUGUGAUUUCAUCCAUGAUUUCGCCUGUUCCGCUUGUGAAGAAGAUGGACUGAACACGGAAGCUCAACAUUUUUGUAAUCAGUGCACGAAAUAUUACUGCGUAAACUGUGUCCUAGUUCACAACAAGCUAUACAAGAGACACACAGUGCUCGACCGGAAGGACGUUAAGAAAUGGGCAGCAGCACCAGGGACGGUGGAUGUCCUUGAGAGAUGUGAGAGGCACCCCGGGGAGGCGCUCAAGCUGGUCUGUGGUGACCAUGACCAGCUGUGUUGCCAUGUGUGCGUUGCCAUGGAUCAUAGACAAUGUUCAUCAAUACAGCACAUUCCAGACGUUGCAAAGGGCAUCCGCAAAGAUCCAAAGUUUCGUCAACUACCUCAAAGGGUAGCUGAACUUAGGAAGCAGAUAGAAGAUAUGAAAAACGACAGAAAGAAAAAUAGUUCCUCACUCAGGAAGACUCGAACAGCCAUUGUUGAUGAAAUCCAAGCAAUCCGUAAAACGAUCAACGACAUUCUUGACAAGAUGGAGAAAACAACCGUUCAAGAAUUAGACCGUUUGGCGUCUGAUCAGGAACAGUGCAUUAAGAAAGAUGUGAACUCCUGUAAACAGAUACACGACGAAUUAAAGAACAUAAUGGAUGGCAUACAAAGCAAAGACUCAUCAGGCGAACCAACCCUAUAUAUUGGGUUCAGAAAAUGUGAAGAAAACAUCAAACAUGCAAACGAAAUUCUGCAAAACAUGUCAAAAAUUGUCAAAUACGAUAUAACUUUUCGUAAACAUAAUGGAAUAGAAGAUAACUUGUCGUCGAGACAGACCUUCGGAGAAUUAAAUGAAUCGAAUGUUCUUUGUAAACAACCAUGUACAUCGCUAUUCCCGCGAGAUCAUGUAUUUGCUACAGAAGGUUACAAGGAGUACUACGUGGAGAUGAGUUCAGACGAAUGGGACUGUGAUAUUGAAGGGAUAUGUGAACUGCCUGGUGGAGAGAUUGUUAUUACAGACUACAAUAACAACAAAGUGAAACUCCUUGACCAGGAGUACGGGGUUGUCGACCACUGUGAUGUCCCCGAGAAUCCAUGGGAUGUGCGCCACAUAGGCGGAAAUGAGGUUGCCGUUUGUGUUAACAACAAUGCUGACGAUAGACAUGAACUUCAUUUCAUUAACAUUACAAAAGGGAAACUUGUGACUACGAGAAAGUUAAGUUUCUCCCAUGACUGUUACGGCGCGACUCAUCACGGGAACAACCUUUACAUUUCAUCACGCACCGCGCUGUACGUCUAUACGAUGACGGGGAAGCUUGUACAGAAGCUGUACGAGGAUAAGUCCGGUAAUUACACGGUGAUGAGAAUUGCCAUCAGUAACGACGGGAAGACUAUCUACAUCACAAACCACUCAAACGAUCAACUUAUCACCCUGGACAACCUCGGCAACAAGCUGGCCACAUUCACUGAUCCUGACUUGUUGGGACCUCACGGAGUACACGUGACAACUGCUGGACACGUGUUCGUCUCCUGCUAUUACUCCCACAUAGUGCUGCAGGUUGACAAGGACGGGAAGACGAAGUUGGCCACACUGGUAAGGGAACAAGACGGAGUGUACUUCCCUAAAGCUUUGUUCUUCAGCAGCCGUACUUCCUCUCUGGUUGUCGGAAGAUGGAACGACACGCUCCUCGUCAUCAAUGUACGAUAGAUAAAAACAUUAGAUCCACUUACAAUUGACGGAAAGGACAAUUAAUAAUUGAAUAUAUAUGUUAUUGUUUUUUACUUUAACCGUGUAAGUUAUAACACAGACCAAGAUUGUUCACUAUAAAACAUGAUUCAUAUCUGCUUAAACAUACAUGUAAAUUAUAUGUUACGUAUUCAUUUGCUUUUUGUACAUAGCUAUAAUGUUUUUCUUUGUCGUCCGCAUGUUAUUCAACUAAAUGACUGUAUCCUUUAUAAUGUUAUUCACAUAUAUAUUAUCUAUGUUGUAUGUAUGUAUAUGUAUGAGUUUAUCUUACUUAAUAUUGAAUGAGUUACUCUUUAUUUGAUGUUGAAUUAAAUAUAUAUUAUACGGUCCGUUUUGUCGAUGUGCCUUUAAGAGCUUUUGAUAAUUUUACUACAAUUACAAGAGAGUCAGUUAUAUGUUAACUAUUUUCACUGGACACCUAGCUGAACCUAGGUAGAAGAAUUAUGCAGAGAUGCUAUAUAGUAAUAACAACAACAACAACAACAACAUAUACCUUGAUAAUACCUGGUUUUGUUUUCAAUUAAAGGCACACAAUGAAGAUGGAUUCAAAACAUUUUUAUAUCAAAUUCAGAAUAAUAAUGUAUGUUGAACUCAUUAGACAUUAUGAUCAAAACAAGAACAA